AUGGCGCCCCCGACUGCACUGGACAAGGCCAUCCACGAGAGGAAAUCGGUAACUGAUACAAUCGACUAUCUACAAAUUGAAUCUGAUAACCAUGCUACGAGGCCCUUGAAUCUCCCAAGUACACUGCAUUUCCUCGCCAUGGCUGAGACCGCACAGAAAGAGGUUAUGGCCAUCCACAACAAAAUCCAAGCUACUUCCCCUCCAGAUAUGGCCCCUCACAAUGCUGAAUACCAAAUUCUUCUCGGUAAAGCUGCUCGUGUCGUAAUAGCCUUCACUACGAUCAAGAUGUCCUUCCCAGGCACCUCCACCGGUCACGGAUCUGGUACACACAUCCCCAGUCCUGACAUAAAACUUCCGCGAUUAGAACUCCCCUCCUUCGACGGCACUUUACAAGAUUGGGUCUCAUUUCGUGACAUGUUCGUCACCACCGUCCACUCCAAUACUACAUUAUGUAAGUCCCAGAAAUUGACCUACCUUAAAUCCCAACUCAAAGGAGAAGCAGCACGACAACUCUCAUCCAUGACCAUUUGUGACGCCAACUACGAUAUCGCAUGGAGCCUACUCACAGAUAGGUACCAGAAUGACCGUGAAUUGUUGUUCGCCAUAUUAAGAAGAUUCACAAAUCAAGCAACAGUUCCACACAACUCAUCUACAGCAAUUCGUCAACUAGUAGAUGUAUCGAAGGAAUGCAUCCGAUCUCUCGACGUGCUCAAGCUACCGACCAUUCAUUGGGAUGCCAUUCUCCUCUUCCUCAUCGUGAACAAAUUGGAUCCUUCAUCAAAGGAACUCUGGGAACAAGGUCUCAAGGACAGUACAAUCCCAACAUUAAGAUCCCUGUACGAGUUCUUGGAGCAGAGAGCACGAGCCUUGGCAGCCAGCGGUACCGACACCCCCUCCAAGGUAACACAGCCACCUGCGCAACACAGCAAUCAAAACAGCAAUAAACCAGGGAAAAGAGUAACAAGAUCGCAAUCUCGUCCCAUGGUCCACCACGCCAACUCACCGUCUACAUGCAAGAUUUGUGAGAACCAAUCCCACCCCUUGUACAAGUGUGAGAAAUUCAUGGGAUGGUCCAUCCAGCAGAGGUCUGAUGCCAUUCGCAAAAUAAACGCUUGCUACAACUGCCUACGCGAAGGUCACAGGAAGCAGGACUGCACCUCCAAGUCCACCUGCAGAUCUUGUGGUUACAGACACCACACCCUUCUUCACGCAAGAAAGGAGGCCAAUCCGGGUACCAAGCCCGAUGAAGCGGCGGAGAAUCCCCCAGCCACCACUUUCUUCACAUCCAGUUGUUCAUCCACAGCAGCAAAUGAAUACGACACAUUACUUGCAACUGCCUUAGUUCGAGUAGCCGACAAGCAUGGAAAGCUGCAUACAUUCCGGGUUCUUGCUGAUAAUGGGAGCAACACUCACUUCGUCACCGAGUCCUGCCUCAAGAGGAUCGGUGCCCCACGCAGAAGAUGCUUCACAUCCGCAACAGGCUUGGGUGGAUCAUCUCUCGCUCAUUCUACCGGAAUCACUCAGUUUACGGUUAUGCCUCACUUCGAUUCGUCAAUUUCGUUCCCUGUCUCAAGAUGCCUCAUCACCACCAAAAUCACUGGCAAACUUCCGUCAUCGCCUUUCGACCACGCCAAGUGGUCACAUCUUUGUGGGUUACAAUUAGCAGACCCAACUUACCACGAACCUCGAGACGUGGACAUGCUUUUGGGUGCAGAAUUCUUCUUCAGCAUCUUGGAGUGUGGGAAACAAUCAGGUCCCUCCAACAGUCCCAUCGCCAUCAAAACAAGCUUCGGAUGGCUGAUUGGUGGUGGAUCCGCCGAAAUCCCACUCCUCGAGCCCCAAACUCAUUCCACCCUCACUCUACAACAAUGUGGACCAAGCUCCACCAACUCCACUCAACAAAUUGCCAGUGAUGAUGAGCACCUCAACGCUACACUUCAGAGAUUUUGGGAACUGCAGAGCGAACCAACUGAGGGAUGCCACACAUCAGAAGAAAAAGAAAUCGAAUCCCACUUCCGUUCAACAUACCGUCGUGAUGCAACAGGGCGUUUCACUGUACAACUUCCGUUCAAAAUCCCGAGAUUAAAUGUUGGACACUCUUACAACAUUGCACUGAAGAGAUUGCUAUAUCUCGAGCGUCGCUUGAAGACCAACCCUGAGGCCAGAAAAGAAUACGCUUCAUUCAUGAGAGAGUAUGAAGCACUAGGUCACAUGGAAGAAGUUCUGCCAGUGGAACCCAGUGACCAAUCCCAUACAACCCAAUGCUAUAUCCCUCAUCAGUUCGUCCGUAAAGAAUCGAGCACCACCACCAAGUUUCGGGUCGUGUUCGACGCCUCCGCCAAGACCUCCAAUGGUAUUUCCCUCAACGAUACCCUGAUGGUUGGACCUACAAUCCAAGAUUCACUCGUGGACAUCUUGUGUCGAUUCCGCCUCCACAAGAUAGCUUUCACCGCCGACAUUGCGAAAAUGUAUCGGCAGAUUAAGGUGACCUCCUCAGAUGCAGAUCUCCAGCGCAUAGUUUGGCGUGAAGAUGCAACCGGACCAGUCAAGCAUUACCGCCUACUCACUCUGACCUACGGUACUGCCCCAGCUUCAUUCUUGUCAACCCGUGUCCUCGACGAACAUGCCAAAUUGGAAGCUGAUUCCUUCCCUCGCGCAUCUCUAGUCGCACGACGAGAUUUUUUUGUGGACGACUUGAUGUCCGGUGAACCCUCAUUAAAAGAAGCCCUCAAUACUCAACAACAAUUACUUGAAUUGAUGAAGGCUGGAUCGCUACAACUUCGGAAAUGGUCAUCCAACUCUCAAGCAGUACUCGACUCCCUUCCCCCAGACAUGCGAGAAACCCAAUCACUUCUCACAUUCGACUUGGACCCGACCAUUAAAACUCUUGGCAUCUGUUGGAACCCCAAGACGGACAAAUUCCUGUUCAAGUUAGCUCCUCUCCCUGCCCCAACCAAACCAUUAACCAAAAGAAAUGUUCUCUCAGAACUGGCUCGUCUUUUCGAUCCUGUGGGUUGGCUCGCACCGAUCAUAAUCACGGCAAAGAUUGUGAUGCAAUCGCUUUGGAAACUUGACCAAGGCUGGGACGACGCUUUACCACAAGAUUCUCAACGCCACUGGAUGGAAUUUAGGACCGAUCUUGAAAACCUCAGCAAACUUGAAAUCAACCGUUUCUACAUGUGGGGCACAAGUCUGACCGCUCCAAGCCUUAAUGUCACUCAUCCAUCAUCCCCAGUCAAGUUCUGCCUCGCCGGAUUUUGCGAUGCAUCCCAGAAGGCCUAUGCAGCUGCAGUAUACCUGUGCGCCUACGAUGGAAAUUCUGGUUCCGUCUCCCUCGUCGCCUCGAAGACCCGCGUCGCUCCGGUCAAGGAAAUAAGCCUACCUCGACUCGAAUUAUGUGGAGCUGAUAUUCUCGCUGAAUUGCUCAUAUCAGUUAAGACUGCCCUCCGGAUCCCGAUUCACUCCCUCACUGCAUGGACCGACUCCACCGUUACGUUAGCGUGGAUACAGGCACCGCCUUCAAGAUGGAAGACCUUUGUAGCUAAUCGCGUAACGAAGAUUCAAGAACGAAUUCCCUCUUCUCGAUGGGGACAUGUCCGUGGGGACGAAAAUCCUGCAGAUUGCGCGUCUCGUGGGAUAAAAUGUGAUGAACUCACUCAUCAUCCUCUCUGGUGGACUGGGCCAACUUGGCUGAAAACAGGAACUCCCACACCCAGAAAUUGCAAUGCCUUUGACUCCACGACAGUCUCGAUGAUCAACGUGGAAGCCAAGAAGGUGGUCACAUUUCAUACAAUUUCAACAACAAACCAACUAAUAUUGGAUCGCUACUCUUCUCUAAACAAGUUGAUUCGAGUAACUGCAAUGGUCUUUCGAUUCAUCAAGAAUUGUAGGCCAAGUCAAGCAACCAACCCCCAGAAUACGAAGAUUAUUGUGAAACUGCCCUCAUGUGGACCAUUUCAAUUACCGCAACCUCUGACGACGACGGAAUUGACCAUCGCCGAGCACUAUUGGAUCAGAUUAAUCCAACAACAAGCAUUCGCACAUGAGCUGAAUUCUCUCCAACGAGAUAAACCCCUCUCCCACAAAAGUAAGCUGCUGUCCCUUUCCCCGUUUGUAGAUCAAACUGGGAUCCUGCGAGUUGGUGGUCGACUCAAAAACUCGAAUGUUCAAAUGACUCAACGUCACCCCAUCCUCCUCCCUACACACAACCGUUUUACACAAAUGCUUAUCAAACAAGAGCACCAGACGAAUCUUCAUGCUGGACCUCAACUGUUGAUGUCCACUCUACAGCGUCACUACUGGAUUCCUCGUGCAAAGGACGCAAUCCGGCGCCAGAUUAAGACCUGCGUUGUGUGCACCCGACACAAGGCCCAAACCAUGCAACAAAUUAUGGCUGACCUUCCCUCAUUUCGUGUGAACCAAGCUCGUCCUUUUUCCAAAUCCGGCGUCGACUAUGCAGGACCCUUUCACCUUCGCCCGAUCCAACCAAGAAGCAAGACAACGAUAAAGGCGUACCUAGCCGUAUUUGUUUGCUGUACAACUCGAGCAAUCCACCUCGAAGUAGUUAGUAGUCUAUCUACCGAUGCAUUCAUGGCUGCAUUCCGUAGAUUUACAUCACGAAGAGGUCGACCAAGUGAUCUCUACAGCGAUUGCGGCACCAAUUUUAUUGGAGCAGACCACGAGAUGAAGGACUUUCAACGUCUCAUCUUAUCACAACAGCAUAACACUGAAGUCGCCAACCAACUAUCAAACCAAGGUAUCCAGUGGCACUUCAACCCCCCUGCAAGCCCCCACUUCGGAGGACUCUGGGAGAGUGGAGUCAAGUCGGUGAAAUACCACUUGCGCCGAGUCGUUGGCCUACAGCGACUGACGUUCGAGGAGAUGACAACAGUCACAUCCCAAGUUGAAGCGAUCCUCAACUCGCGUCCUCUCACUCCUGAAUCAUCUGACCCCGACGACCUGAAUGCACUCACCCCAGGGCAUUUUCUUACUGGAGGCCCACUCAACGCCAUUCCAGAACCUUCCGUGGAUCACCUCAACACCAAUCGCCUAUCGCGCUGGCAGUUACUACAGCAAAUGACCCAAUCAUUUUGGAAGCGAUGGUCAGACGAGUACUUGACCCGACUUCAGCAACGUCCAAAGUGGAUGACUGGCAACCGUGCAAUUGUGGUGGGCGACAUGGUCCUCAUAAAGGAUGAAAAUCUUCCACCCUUGAGAUGGAAACUUGGCCGAGUCCAAACCCUGCACCCUGGCGCUGACUCCGUUGUCCGCGUCGUUACACUCAAAACUUCAUCAGGAGAUCUCAAACGCCCAGUAGUCAAACUUUGUCUCCUACCAAUCGAAGUCUCAUCGAACUCAUCGAACUCCCAGGAAUCAUCAUAA